GUUAAUUGUGCCCUUUCAAAGCAAUUCAGCUGCAAUUAGGUUCAAUUCAAUUGAAUUUUUUUUCAUAUAAAUUGUAGACGUUGGUUGAUUUUGCAUUAAUUCAACUUAAAAUAGCUACAGGUAACAGUAAAUGAUCAACAAUGAAUCUUUCAACUAGACAAAGGAGAGUUUUACACUUUUUCUGUUUAAUCAAUUUAACUCUAACUGCGAUUUCGCUAAUUGUAUUGUAUUGUCUGAUUUCACCAUUAAAAUUAGUUUCAUAUUCAUGUUUUACUAAAUUGGACAAAAUUUUCUUAGCUUCGCUUGUCAAAAUUAUCAGUGUUUGGUUGACGUUAUGCUAUAAAGGUUAUCGGUUGGGUCCUGAUCCAAAUGAAAUAAUUGAUUUAUCAUCCAUAAAAGUAUUGUUUAUUUCUAACCAUCAAACAAUCAUGGAUUCUCUUAUUUUGCAUUCAAUAUUUCUCGAUAAUAAGUUUGUAAAAUUUGUCAUUGUUUGGAGUAAAGAGCAUCAAUUUAGACCUAAUGGACUAAUUUAUAAAAUACGAAAUGAUUUCGGCGUUGAUUCGAGUUUCAAGAAAGGUGAUUUCGUUGAAUACUGGGCGCUGAACUCGAGAAAUUACAAUACUGUUGUUCUUUGCCCGGAAGGUGGAUUUCGAAGUGAUGAAUUGAAAUCGAGUUUCAGAUAUGCUGAGAAAAAUGGUUUACCCCAAUUGACCAGAACUGUUUGGCCUCGAACGCGUGCUUUUCUCGAUAUUGUUGAUAAAAGAAAUGGUUUCACUCAUAUUAUUGAUGCUACUAUAAUAUAUGAUAAUAUCGAUAAACUUACCAGAAAUUUAUUUCUUCAUACAGAGCAGUUAAUGGGCAGUUCUUUCUAUUCUGUGAUCAGAGUAUUCGAGAUCAUUGAUGACGAUAAAAGCGAGACAAUCAACGAUUAUGACCAAAUAGUCAACGAUUUUAAUAAAAUACAAUCAUUAGAAACAGUUGAACAAUCAGAUUGUGUUUACAGAGUACCAAGAAGUAAAUUAAACGAAUCGUGGUUACAACAAUUAUGGUUAAGUAAAGACUCGAUGAUGAAUUCAUUUUACCAAGACAAGGACAAUUUCGUUGGCAAAUUCAAGCCUAAUUGUUACAACCAAAUCAAUUUAUUUCAUAUCAUGAAUUAUUUACUUGCCAAUUCAGUUUACAUCCCAAUGGGAUCAACAAUAAUCUACCUCGUUUAUUUAUCAAUCGCUACGAUUUUCAAGAUUUUAAUUUGACGAAUUCAUCAAAAUCACCAAUCAAGAGAAAUUAUGAAAUAUUUAAUUGUUGACUGCGAUCAUUAGAGUUUAAUUGAUUAAAUGUACGGUUUUUUGUGGCUACGAAUUAGUUUGAUAAAUUGUUGAUCGAAUCUGUUAAUUGUUUCAAUCAUAUUCAUUCUAUCAAACAAAUUGAUCUUUUUCCAUAUUAAUAAACAUUGUUACAUUUGAGCUUAUUGAUUAAUCGACUUGUAACUUGAUAUUAAGCUUUAGUAUUUGAACAAUUAAUAAAUUGUAUUCAUUAAUCAUCAACCUAU